ACCAAGAAACCCAACAUGGCGGAUGAGUAGCGCGGUGGCCUCUUUUUGCCAAACGGUUCCUCUGACAGUGGUAAUUAUUUGAUGCUGUAAAUUUAUUUAAUGGUCAUAAUGGCUUUGACUAGCCGUUUACUACGGUGUCAAUCACUCAUGGGAUUUCGCGCGCUAAUCAAUCCUAGAUUUACUGGUAUCUUAUCUGCACGUCAGUUACCAUCAACUCACUGGUAUCAUUGUGGAAGAGCUCUUGCACCUCUGCCUAAGCCAGAACCCUUGGAUAUAGAAGACCUACCUUGCUAUGGUGACUUCAGUCCAAGUGUUUGCAAGUUUAUUGCAACAAGAGACUAUGAAAACCACAACUCAGGGAUACUAGCUUGGGUCACAUCCUUCACUUCAGAGAAUCCUCUGGGAUUGGUGGAGUUGAAUGAAUUUGUUUUUGGAGCCAAUCCAAGGAUUGACAUUUUACACAGAGUUGUUGUCUGGUGGAGAGCAAAAAAUAGAGCUGGAACUGCAAAAGUCAAAAAUCGCGCAGAAAGAAGAGGUGGUGGAAGAAAGCCUUGGAGACAAAAAGGAACUGGAAGAGCACGACAAGGCAGCAUAAGAGCGCCACAAUGGAGAAAAGGUGGUAGAGUACAUGGUCCUGUGCCAAAGAGCUACAAGUAUGGAUUACCGAAAAAAGUCAGAAGAAUGGGUCUACGUACUGCUCUCUCUGUCAGAUAUGCACAGGGACAUUUGCACAUUGUAGAUUCAUUUGAGGAUAUUGAAAAUGAUCGGGAUUUGAUUCCAAUCUUGGACAAAAGAGGCUGGACGAAUGUAGUCCUGGUUGAUUUUGCACCUAAUGAAAUAAUCACAGAGGCUGCAGAAGGGAUGAAGACUGUAGAUGUGCGUCAUCCCAAAAACCUAGAUGUCUACACAAUAUUACAUCGCAAAAACAUUGUGAUGUCCUUGAAGGCUGUUGAGUUUCUCGAGGAUAUCCUUUGUGAAGAUGAUAGGAUACUCGUUAACAAGUUUGACUAAGCUUUUCUUGUAGUGUUGCUUCUGCUUUGUAAAUAUUCUA